UAGAGAGACAAAGAGAGGGAAGGGAAGAGUGAAUUAGGGUUUUUGGGGUUUUCGCUUCAGUUUCUUUCGAUCUGGUGUUCAGUCAUUGCGAUCUGUCUUUCAGAACUCAGUUUGGAGGACGUUGAUUGUAGUCAUUGUUUUCCGAUCUGGUGUGAGAACUUUUUCAAAUGUUCCGAUUCGAAGAAGAGAAGAUUCGAAAACGAAGUUGAGUUUCAGGAAAGAAUUUGGGGCGUCAUGGCGGACCCUCUGUCGGUAAUUUCAGCUUCUGUCCUUCGGAACCUUGCGGACAAACUUUAUGAGAAGCGCAAGAUUGCUGCCCUGGAGGUCGAAGGGAUUGUGAAGCAACUUGCAGCUGCCGGAGAUCAUGACAAAAUAUCUGCUGUGAUCAAUCUUUUGACCACAGAGUUCACGUACUCGCCACAGGCGAACCACCGCAAGGGAGGUUUAAUAGGACUUGCUGCUGCAACGGUUGGUUUGACAACUGAAGCCGCUCAGCAUCUGGAGCAAAUUGUACCACCUGUGCUCAAUUCCUUUUCUGACCAAGAUAGCCGGGUUCGCUAUUAUGCUUGUGAAGCUUUGUAUAAUAUUGCAAAGGUUGUAAGAGGUGAUUUCAUUGUGUUCUUUAAUCAGAUCUUUGAUGCAUUAUGUAAGCUGUCAGCUGACUCAGAUGCCAAUGUGCAAAGUGCUGCUCAUCUUUUAGAUCGGCUUGUCAAGGAUAUUGUAACUGAAAGUGAUCAAUUCAGCAUUGAAGAAUUUAUACCAUUGCUAAGGGAGCGUAUGAAUGUCUUAAAUCCUUAUGUCCGCCAAUUUUUGGUAGGAUGGAUCACUGUAUUGGAUAGUGUUCCAGAGAUUGAUAUGCUUGGCUUUCUUCCAGAUUUUCUUGAUGGUUUGUUCAACAUGUUGAGCGAUUCUAGCCAUGAAAUACGGCAACAAGCAGAUUCAGCACUUUCUGAAUUUCUUCAAGAGAUCAAGAAUUCUCCAUCUGUAGAUUAUGGUCGUAUGGCCGAAAUAUUGGUACAAAGGGCAGCUUCUCCGGAUGAAUUUACUCGGCUGACAGCUGUCACAUGGAUAAAUGAAUUUGUAAAACUUGGGGGAGACCAGCUUGUUCCUUACUAUGCUGAUAUUUUAGGAGCCAUUUUGCCCUGCAUUGCUGAUAAAGAGGAGAAAAUUAGAGUGGUUGCUCGUGAAACCAACGAUGAGCUUCGUGCUAUUAGGUCUGAUCCAGCUGAGGGAUUUGAUAUUGGAGCCAUCCUUUCCAUUGCAAGGAGGCACUUAUCUAGUGAAUGGGAGGCCACUCGAAUUGAGGCAUUGCAUUGGAUUGCAACACUCUUAGCCAGACACCGUUCUGAGGUUUUGUCUUUCUUGGAUGACAUAUUUGACACCCUUCUUAGAACGUUAUCAGAUCCUUCUGAUGAGGUAGUGCUCCUGGUACUUGAGGUCCAUGCAUGUAUAGCGAGAGAUGCUCCACAUUUCCGACAUCUUGUUGUUUUCCUAGUACAUAACUUCCGGGUUGAUCACUCACUUCUUGAGAAGCGUGGUGCUCUAAUAAUCCGCCGACUUUGUGUGCUUUUGGAUGCCGAACGUGUUUACCGGGAACUUUCGGCUAUCCUUGAAGGAGAAGCAGGCUUGGAUUUUGCAUCUGUGAUGGUUCAGGCUCUGAAUUUGAUUUUACUUACAUCAUCUGAAUUAUCUGACCUGAGACAUCUCUUAAAACAGUCUCUAGUGAAUCCUGCCGGGAAGGACUUAUUUGUCUCAUUGUAUUCUUCUUGGUGCCAUUCACCAAUGGCAACAAUGAGUCUUUGCUUAUUAGCUCAGGCAUACGAGCAUGCAAGUUCUGUCAUUCAGUCUCUGGGGGAGGAAGAUAUCAAUGUCAAAUUUCUAGUCCAGCUGGACAAAUUAAUUCGCUUGCUGGAGACGCCAAUAUUUGCUUAUCUCAGAUUGCAGCUUCUUGAACCUGGAAGAUACAUAUGGUUGUUGAAAGCAUUGUAUGGUCUCCUGAUGUUGUUACCUCAGCAAAGUUCGGCCUUCAAAAUAUUGCGGACUCGACUGAGGACUGUACCUUCUUACUCCUUUAGUGGUGAUCAAUUCAAGCGAACAUCAUCAGGGAACCCAAACCAGAUAUUACAUCAGAUGCCAAGUGGAUCACAAAUCAUGGAGGAUGGUGACAAAAACCAGGAUACGGGAAAUGCACAUAAUGGGAUCAACUUUGCUCCACUGCUGCAACAGUUUGAGCAUAUGCAGCACCAACAUCGCAUGCGUGUAAAAUCGCAGAUGCAAUACCGGAAUUCCACUUCGUCUACCUUAUCACAGGAGGUGCAAAGACCAGAAGAAUCACGCCGGCCUUCACCUGUUCCAGAAGUGAGCCGUCCUCCUUCAAGAUCAUCAUGGAGAGGCCCAGGACAGUAGGACAGCUACAACAUUGACAAUGUUGCUUUUCCUUGGCUCUGAUCAGGCUACUAUUCCACUGAUCUCAGUGUUUCUGAGGUGUAUGUUAAUCAGAUACCAUGUUUUGUGAGCUGUGAAUGAGAUGUAGUGUAAUUGUAAAAUUGUAUAUCAUAGUAGUUUGUUGUGUUUGGUUUCUGGAGGGUUGGGGUGGUGGGAAUUGGGUUAGAUUGAGAGCUUGGACACUUCCCAAGCUAUUAUUCUGUGUUUGCAAAAUGGGGCAUGCUCAUGUGGUUUUUAUUAUUUUUUUCAUUGAAGACCAUAUGAGCAGGAGAGGGAAAAUUUGAAAUUUAGGGUAUGCACAGUUACUGAAAAUCUGAGAAAAAUAAUUCAAGGAAUUAUGUAUAUUGUUGUCUUUUGCAAAUAUUCACAAGUAAUCAU